AUGUCGUCGUCCAGAUAUCCGGACAACAACAGAUACCCUCGCGAUAGAUCGCCAUAUCGAGACCGGCGACCCUCGACAUAUGGUAGUAGUUACCCUCCACGCCAAAAUGAGCCUAUCAACAGGUCUAACACUGAUCCUGCGGCAUUCCCUCCACGAGACGUUCCUCGUGGGCCAAAAUCACUCGUUGACGCGCCUCGAGGGCCCAACCCGGGACCCCCGUCUGGUGUACCCUCUGGGCCUCGUGACGGUCGACCGCGUGCAUUUCCAGGGCGGGGUGACGGUACCCCUUCUCUGAGAGAUGCACCGCCUCUAUCUACAACCACUCAUGGCUCUCGCGAUCACAACACUCGCGACCACUGGAGAGCUGAUCGGGACCGUGACCGAGAUCGAGAUAGAGAACGAGACCGCGACCGAGACUUCCGAGACCGCCGACCUUCCCCUCCUCCUCUACGACGUUCACCAAUUCGCGAUUCGAGAGAUUUCCCGCCCAGAGAUUUAGACAUCGGUCGAGCUCGACGCAAUUCUCGAGAUGGCCCUCCUUCAGCUGGCUCGACGUAUUCAGACCCUCCACUUGGUAGCGCGUCGUCAUACCGUGGUAGUGGUAUCGGUAGGGGACGAGGCGGCCGCGACUUUGGUGGAGAUUUCCGUGGGCGCACAAGACCGUAUCAUCCCGAUGACCGCGACAGGCACCACGAUCCUCGAGACCCACGUGAUCGUCUUCCAGAAAGGACGUAUCGGCCUAGAAGUCGGUCCCGUGACGGCCUCCGCCGAGAUCGAGACACCCGCGACGUGCGCGACAUACGUGACGUCCGGGAUGCUCGCGACCCUCGCGAUGCUCGAGAUGACCGAGACUUUGACAGGCGCGACCGAGAUGACCGUCGAUUUGAGCGUCGGGACGACGAACCCCGGCGUUACGAUUCGUAUAUAGGUUCUGCGAGCACUGUCAAACCACCCACUCGAGCGGCGGAUUCACACCGAGGAAGUACAACCAUCGAUCCACGCAAUGUUCCAAGCACUCCCACUGGCCCUUCGACCCCUCAUUCAGCACAUCAUCCGGCUCCAGGCGACAGACUCGGUCCUCCAGCAGAUUCUUUUUCCAGGCGCUCAUCCGUUGCAACCGAACCCUCGAGCGCUAAGGAUGCUCGCCGCGAAUCAGAUCGUAAUGAGCUUUUGGCAAGUCGCGUCGAAGCCUCAAGAGAGAGAUAUGCGCCCCGGGCUUCUUCACCCCCGGCGGCGGUGCCAGCGUUCGGGUUCUCCAAUGUUUGGAGAAAUCCAAUGCUCGAUUCCAAAUCGAACACCACAGCGCCAAAGCCCCCCGUAACAACAACGGCACCAGCAGCACCCACAGUAACAGCAAAUGCAACAACAUCUGCAUCUGUGCCUGCAUCUACAUCUGCAUCUGCACCGGCUCCUGUCACACCGGCUCCGACUGCUCCUCCGGCUCCAAAGCCUACCAUUCCUUCUGGCCUGUCGACAGUUCCUCCAACCGGCCCUAAAGCCGAUCGCGUCCCAGAGCGCUCAAACUCUGAUACUCAAACUUCUGAGACCAAAUCCGCAGCCCCCGAACCACCUCGUACCGAUACAACCGUCCCUCGCCAGCCCUCUGUCGCUCCUCCUGCUGCGCCUGCGCCUGCAACCGAGAAUACUGACAGUAAACCUCCAGGGCCCCCUUCUAAUCAUGCAAAUUCCCCUCCGUUAGGACCAGGAGGAAGGAAUCGACCCACCCCUACUGGUCCUCAAGGUGCUAUGCGGUCGAAUACUUCACCGCUCUUCCCAAGACCACAGCAGCUACCUUACACUGCUCCUGAUGCCCCGGCAAGCACUAUACCGUCUGGGCCAAGAGCGGGCUUAUUCAACACCUCGCCGAAGAGUACACCUAUUAAUAUACCAACAGGCCCAAAGGCUGAUAGAGCAAAUCCCAUGGCAGCUCGCGCGCCGUUGUAUGCAGGUCCUAAUCAACCUCCGUUCUCGGGACCACGGAUGCCCUUAGGUGUGCCCGCGAAAAGCAUGCAAUGGUUGAACCCUAAACUCACCAGAGGACCUACAGUUCCGAGCAAGCGCGAGUUUCCCAAUGACGAUCGUGACCGAACUUUCGGUGCAGCCCCCAAGGCACCUAAACUCGAGGGUAAUGCCACAGCUUCAGAGUUCAAUCGCCCUGAUCAACCCAAAACAGUACCGUCACCUGUCAAGUUGCCAGCCGAAGCGGAGGAGGUUAAGGAAAGUGUACCCCCCACACAGACCAACCAAACGACACCGACAAAGCCGACAUCUAUUGAAGCUAGACGGCAGUCCGAUGUCUCCAUGGCAGACGUGUCUCCACGGACCGAGAGACCGCCUCUAUCCGCUGGAUCUACCGCACCUAAGGUUCUAGAAGACUCAGACGAUGAUUUCGACUUGGACGAAGAGGAUUUUGCAGAAUCAGAAGCGAAGUAUAAUCGCGAGAAGGCUCUUCUUGUAUCUCGACGCAUCGAUUUAAGCGCAUCGCAUUUACGUGCUACAUCGCCCCUCCAAGAGAUUGUAUUACUAUCGAGUUUAACACUGGAUCAUCUUCCUCGCCAGAAUUCCAAACCAGUCGAAGAGGAAGCCGUCUCACCACCUCCUGUCCAGCCACCUCCGGAGCCCGUUGUUAACGAACUACUCACGCCUAAAGCUGAAGAGUCCGAAGAUGUUGUGAUGGAAGACAAAGAUGAAAAGCCACUGGCACCAGCCACACGUGCUCUUCGCCUACGUCGCGAGCCAUCUACUGAGCGAGAACCAACACCUGAUCUUUCUUCUCUGCCUUACCUUGGCUCAGGACCACCCACGCCUCUCUCUGAUCCUGAUCAAGAACGUCCGAGCGUUCCGGAGCCUGUUUUGGCAGCAAUGCGAAACAACUUGCAGAAAGAGAUAGUUCCUGAACUCACCCCCGAAGGUGUCUUGCGACAGUAUGCUAUUGCCUACAGAGACUGGAGGCAUUAUAUCCAAGAGCUAGAUGACGAGAGGGAAAUUGAAGACCCGGAAAGGCAACUUUCCGCCGAACCAGGGCACAAACUCGGCACGCCUGAUGUUCAGAUCGCCCCGACGGUUGCACUAUUGGAUGCACCACCACCAACAACCUCACGGCGGGGCGCUUCAAGCAGGUUUGCAUCUGAGUUCGAUUUCGAACAGGCUAUUAAAGAAUCCUUGAAAACGGCAGAAGAGGAGAGGAUGGGGAAGAAGGACAAGGAAGUAGGAAAAUCUUUAGCUGACCCAGAGCGCGAGGCCCCCAUCCCAACCGUACUCACUGCAUACGAAGCUCAACGACGUCGCUUUAUCGAUACUAAUUUCCAACGAGAGCCUGGCCAGGGUGUCUUUGUUUACCAUUAUGAACCCCCAGAGGACGACUUCACCGAAGAGGAACACAAGAUCAUGGUCCAGCACUACCGAGACCAAUAUGCUAAGAAAUGGGGCCGGCUUGCUGAGAUUCUGCACAAAGAAGCUGGUACAAGUCGAACCUACAAAGAUACGAUUAAUCAUUACUAUGCAACGAAAUGGGGUAGAGAAUACAAAGGCAAAAUUAGAAGGGGACGAGGCGGUCCACGAAAACGUGGUGGAGCCGCUGCACGCGGCCGAGCAGCAAAUGCUAAUGCUGAGCGCUCAGACGCAACUGGAGAAGACGGAUCAGCGCCACUACAACUUACUGAUAGCGGGCGUCCCCGCCGUUCGGCUGCACCGACCUUCGGUAUGGAGGCCGAUUACGAUCCAGCAUCCGGUUCAGGCAAUGGACGUUCACGCCGUCAAGCUGAUAGUGAGGGAGGGCAAGAAAAGGUCAGCCGUCGUGGUAGAGGAGAAAAGGGCAAGGCUGGACGGAAGCCGAAGAACCCACAGCCCCCUCCAGCUCCUGCAGCUACCGCGGCCACGCUACCAACCGCCUCUCCAGCGAAACCCGAACGCAAGGAGCGGCCGUUGGGUCUAAAGAUGGAAGAGGAACUGAACAAACGCCCCCUAGACGAUAUGGGAAUCCCUCCACCCAACUUGGUCAUUGAUCAAGUUAGCAUUCCAAUCGAAGCUCCUGUCCAGCAGCCAAUUUCUGGUACACCUGGACCUAUUGACCGCGCGAGGUCUACAACUGUCUCUCGGCCUGGUCCAUCAAGCUACUGGUCUGUGACAGAACAGAACGAUUUCCAACGCUAUGUUGCCCAUUUCGGAACCGACUGGUCAGCAAUUGCAAACCACAUGGGCACAAAGACGCAGACAAUGGUCAAAAACCAGUACUUGCGUUUGGUUGAGAGCGGUAACAAUCCUGAGCUUGCACCAGCAGCUGCUGCCGCUGAUAACAAGCGCGAACGUGGCGAAGACUUGGGCCCACCUCCAACCCCAACCCCAGCUGUGAAGCGACGAUACGAAUCUGUAAUUCCUACUCCCAGAGUGUUGGCACCUAUACCGGAUCCUACCAGUGUGGUUGAGGCACCCAAGUCUCCUCCUGCCCCUAAGAUGUCCCCUCCUCACACUCAGACGCUCGUAUCGAGGGCUUUUCCAGCAAUCGCGCAAGCCCCCGCACAACCUAAGCCCGCAACUCAACCCGCCGCGAUUGCUUCGAUGCCUGAGAGUACGCUUAACGCAUUGCCUUCGCGUGUACAACAACACUCGCCUCCUAGCCAGGCUCCUCGCGCUCAAGCCCCAAAGCAUCAGCAUUCUCUCUCUCAACAUAAGCCUCUAUCUCACGGUCCGCAAGCGGGAUACUUUGCAGAUGAUCCCCCGUCUCGAGUCGAUAACCGCGCCGCACAACAAGCAUCGACAUUGAUUCAGCCACGCACUGCUCAACAACCAAUACAACCACAGGCCCGCCCUGUAGAACAACCAAAGGCUCCGAAGUUACGUGGACCAAUGCACCAGGAACGCGAAAUGCAACCUAGACUUGAGCCGGUUCAAGACCGUGACAACCAGGCCCGGUUCCAGCCAGACCACACUCAACGCUUGCCGCAAGAGCCUCCGUAUUCGCGAUUUCCACCGAAUGCUCCGUCAAUACGCAGCGGGCAUGCUGGAUCUCCUGAAGCCCGUCCGCUACAUGUUCAGCCCCCAGUGCACCCUACACCCGCGCAAUCGAGAACACAACCGCCACCUGAGAUACCCACCCAACCUGCUACGUCCGCAGCAUCCGCAGUGCCUCACGCAAUUGUGUCUCGUGCCAGUGCAAGAACACCGCCCGUCAAAGAAGAGAUCCGCCAUUACCCCAUGCCAACUCAGCCGCCCCAGGUUCCACCACCGCUCCUUCCACAGGCACAACCUCAACUAUACCCUCAUCCAACGCAAGCCCAGCAAAUCCAGCCAACUCAACCACGCCCAUUACCACCAAACCCAACCUUGGCCCCUGCUCAGGCCCCUGCUCCGCCUGUCGCUGCGAAACCGGCGCCACCUAGGAAGUCAAAUCUCUUCUCCGUCUUGAACGAUCCUGAGCCUGAAGAGCCGAGACCUAGGAGGCCUGUCGACGGUCCCUCCCACACACCUACUCCCCAACAACAGAAUCCCAUUGCGCCACCACCACCACCUCCGGCUUCAGUUACUCAAGCACAACCAUUGCGGCGUGAGCUAUACAACGAGCCGAAUCCCAUGCAAUACCCACGUCAACCAUAUGCUUCCCAGCCCCCGGCACCGUCACAGACUCCCGGGCCAGGGCGACAGAUUGUUGAUCUAACAAGCGAACAAGCUGCAAACCGUUCUCUUCCUCGUGGAGAAUGGUCCCAGCGACCAGCUAUGUUUUCGGGUCAAGGCCAGCCUCAACCGCCUGCAAAUGUCAAUUCACCCCACAUGCAACCAGCUUAUCUGACAUCUCAUCGGUCUAUAUUCAGCUCGCAUAACGGCCCACGACACAACCCGUCUCCUCCACCGCCAGUUUCCGGUUAUAGUCACUCGCCACAUAUGCAUUCUCGAACGCCGAGCUUAAGCGGCCCUCCCCCGCCCCCGUCCCGCCAUGGUCUCAACAGCACGCCUGUACAACACGCCCAAUCGACGCAGAAUGCUUCCCAGAUCCUUCAGCCUAACCCCUAUGCGCAAGUGGAUCCUCGAGGCAGUGGACCUCCAUCUUCUGUACCUGCAGGCAUGCGACCAAGCCCACUUCACACAGCUGAAGGCGCCCCACCCAGGGAUGUGCAGAACCUGAACGAACAGCACCAUGGACAUAACGUCAACCUCCCUUACUCUAACCCCCAAACUCCCAAUGAGCACCAUGUGCCCGCUCACUUGCGCGGCCCGAAUAUGGACCUCUAUCGACAACGGGAUGCACGUGACUCUCGUGAUCCGCGCGAGAUGCACCAAGACUUCGGAUCCAGCAAUCACGAACGCGAUGUUGGGAAGGAGCUCGCACAACGCGUGGGUGUCAUACUAAGGGAACAACGCGACACAUUGCAUUCUCGAACUGGCUUGCCGCAAACUGCACAGGAUACAAGAUACCAGCCCACGCCUCCACAGGAACGCGGCUACCCUACUCAACGAUCCCAUACACCAUUGUCUCGGGCUGGUGAUCAUGUCCGACAUGGAUCACUCCAGCAUCCUCCACAUAACAUGCAUCCUGACAAUAACCCCCCUGCAUUCGGACAGCGUCCACCAGAGGAUCAACAACACCGUUAUCACGACCCGUAUGCUCCACAAGAUCGAGAACGAAUGAUGCGAGAGGAACAGGCACAUCAGGCAAGGAUGCGGGACAAUGAGCUCUUCAAUCGUGAACGUGAGAUGCGCGAUCGCGAGAUGCGUGACGCACGAUAUCGAGAAGACAUAAUGAGGAGGGACGGGCAUUCUCGAAUGCCACCAGGUCCUCCACCACCAGGUCCCGACCAAAGGCAAGGUCCACCGCCAAGCGGGCCCAUGGAUUGGACGAACGCUGUUCCGCGGCACCAGGAACCAUGGCGACGAUGA